AUGGGUGAAAAUACAGGUUGUUCUGAAGUCUGUUCACCUGUCAAUGUAAACGCUGCUAAUGCACUCCUUCUGAAGCAUUUUAUAGUGAACCAAUAUUCUGUUCAUUUGUCUAUCGACAAUCUUCCUUGCGGAACUAAAGUGUCUGCUGAUAACGGGAAAACAUUUCGAUAUGAGCACGGUUAUAGAAUUGGAUCGGUUGUAGAUGGAGUGGCGUAUAUUAACAAUCACUUGAAGUUCAUUCUUCAAUACCACCAAACAGAUAAUGGUCAUUACCGUUUUGUCGGUUUUGAAAUCGAACCUAUGAGUAUUUCCGAAAAUCGCUUGCACUUGGAGAAUGGUGCGUGUAAAGAUGUAGAUUCGGAACUGUCAAUUUCCGAUUGGAAAAAGAUUGACGGAAAGGAAACUGUGAUACAUUUCACUAGUGAAGUUGUUUGGGAACCAUCGGAUAUAAAGUGGGCCUCGCGUUGGGAUAUUUAUCUCAAGGCAGCAAGUGGUCAGUUACAUUGGUUCUCAAUUAUCAACUCUGUUGUUAUUAUACUCUUUCUUACUGCUGUCAUAUUCACGAUACUUAUUCGAACUUUGAGGAAAGAUAUUGCCAAAUAUAAUCGCAAUGAUGAUGUAGAGGACAUUCUAGAAGAGUCAGGAUGGAAAUUGGUACAUGGAGAUGUAUUUCGACCACCACGACAUACUCGAUUAUUUACAGCAUUGUUUGGAUCUGGCGUUCAGUUGUUCUUUAUGGUUUUCAUCGUAAUAUUUUUUGCUAUGCUCGGCACAUUGUCACCAGCUUCUCGUGGUGCACUUAUGAACGCAGCCAUAUUUACAUACGUGUUUAUGGGACUUUUUGCUGGGUAUUUUGCUGGAAGACUCUAUAAGACCUUACGUGGACCAUUUUGGAAGUCGACUGCAGUAGCUACUGGAUUACUUUUUCCAGGCAUUGUGCUUGUAUUCGGACUAGUAAUAAACACUUUUAUGUGGUACAAAGGAUCGUCUGCUGCUAUUCCAUUUACUACACUGCUUGCACUGUUAUCAUUAUGGUUAGGAAUUUCAUUACCUUUAAUUUAUAUUGGAUUUUUCUUUGGUUAUCGAAAACGUGGAUUUGAACAACCUAUUCGCACUAAUCAAAUUCCUAGGGCAGUUCCAGAACAGAGAGUUUGCCAAAAUUUGUUACUAGCUACACUUUACUCUGGAGCUCUACCAUUUGGUGCAGUUUUUAUUGAAGUUUUCUUUAUAUACAACGCUAUUUGGGAAAGUCAAUUCUAUUAUUUGUUCGGAUUUUUAUUCGUUGUAUUCAUUAUAUUAAUCAUUUGUUGUGCACAAGUAGCAGUUGUUGCUACAUACUUUCAAUUAUGCAGUGAAGAUUAUCAUUGGUGGUGGCGCACUUUCAUCACAUCUGGUGGAGCUGCAGUUUAUCUUUUGGGAUAUUCAUUCUUCUACUUUUGGACAAAGCUUAACAUAACUGAAUUCGUUCCUACAAUUAUAUACUUUGGUUAUAGUACAUUAAUGACUAACACUGAAAGUCAAAAGGCAGAUUCCAACAUGGGUCUUUUCACUUUUAAGUUUUACCAACAAUAUUUUGACGUUGAUACAAGUCAGGUUCUGCAUCGCCUUGCUUCUGCAUUAGUACCUAAUCCACGUACGAAUUUCAUUCAGCAUUCUCUAAAACCACGUGCUGAUCUCUACGGUCCAUUUUGGAUUGCAACUACGUUAAUGUUAACUGCUGCAAUCGGCGGAAACGUAUCUAACUAUUUUCAGUCACGUGGUGAGGUGUCUUCAUGGCAUUAUGAUUUUCAGAAAGUUACGUUGACAUCGACCAUCAUUUAUGCUUACUGGUGGCUAGCACCUUUACUAUUGCAUGCAAUUAUGCACUUUCAUCGUAAAAACAAGAAAUCCCAGUCGAAUGACUCUGAAAGUGAUCUUACCGACCUAUUGGAGCGUUCAGAUACUGAUUCAACAUCAUCGUCAUCAUCACUUCGCAGUGCGAAAAAUGCUAGCAAAUUCUUCGAUGUCCUGUCGACCUAUGGUUAUUCAUUAGCAGUGUUUGUUCCUAUUGCAAUCCUGUGGACGAUUCAGAUUAGUAUAUUACAAUGGCUAUUCUUUUUAGUUGGAAUAGUAGUUUCUGGAGCAUUCUUGGUAUUUGCUCUAACGCCUAGUUUACGUAAAGAAUAUCCAAAACUUGUCACACCAAUAUUAAUCAUACUAAUUGUAGUACAUUUUGGUUUUUCAUUAGCUUUAAUGAUUGCCUUCUUCCAUGGAUCAUCUCCGUCAGGACAACAUCCAUCACUAUCGGAUGUUGGUUUCAUACAUCAACAAAAAGUUCUCGUCACUAAUAAACCACCAUCAAAUAUCAGUGUAUUAGUUACCAAUAAACUAGCGCAUCGUUAA